AUGAUUUCCGCCAAGCUCUUCUUCAUUGUUCUUCUCCUCAUCGCCUGUCUUUUUGCAGUUAGUGAAGCUCAAUGGGGAUACGGAUACCGCCCAUACGGAGGAUACGGUGGAUACGGAGGAUUCCGUCGUCCAUACCGCCCAUGGGGAUACCGUCCAUAUGGAUACGGAUGGGGAAAAUAG